AAAGAGAGAAGGAGAUGGUGGAAAUGAGACAGAAGUUGGACGUGGACAAAGACAGGGACAGCCGGGGAGACAGACGGAGAGGGGAGGAAGAGAAGGAGACGCGGCGCUGGCCGAGACAUGGACAUCCAGACGUGUAAACUGGGUUCUGAAAACGGUGCGGGACGUCCAGUUAAGGAGGCAAUAAAGCAGAGGACAUAAGGAGGAAGACAAGGGAGGAGAGAGGAUGCAGGAAGGAAUACUAAUAUGGCGUCUUUCAGUGUGGAGGAUGAAGUAUUCUGAGUCCACGAACAGAGGAUGAGACGGUGAAGAAACAGGGCAGAAAGUGAAAAGUUCCUUCAGGAUGCCUUUACCUGCUGUUCACUGGUGUCAAAGGCUAAAGGGGGAUAUCAAGGAGGAAAGACGGGUUGCCGGCCAGAAGAUGCUCUCACGACAGGAAGCAAAGUGAAAAAAUCUCCCUCCUGCUGCUCAGUCUGGACGGUUGUGGAUGCAGUUUCUGCAAAGAUGCGUUCUCCACGAUCACAGGAGGAAAGGGAUCAAUGAAGACUGGGAGUCUCUGUUGGCGUUACGAAGGAAUGACAAUCCUAAAGCAUUCUGCAAAAAAAGGAAACAACCCCAACAAACCCUUUUUUAACAUUCCAGUGUGGAAUCUCCAGCUCUUUUUGGUUAAUUAGCCACAGUCAUUUGAAUGAUCCUAAUUUUGAAGACAUGUCCUUGGAGAUGGUUGCUGGGAAUUUCUACUUAAAAGAAUGUGCUGUGAAAACUGAUUUCAAAGGAAGAGCAUACUUGCACCAAUAAAAGCUCUUCAGAGUUAUGCAUCAACAUCUAUAGGAAGCCUGUUCACCAAUGAUUUCUCUGGGAUUUUCUAUACCUUCCUACAAGAACUUCGCUAGAAGGCCUCUUUUUCACCUGAAACCUUUAUCAGAGAUCUGAUUAUCACCAGGAAUUUCUGAUGGGAGAGACGUAUCCACAGAUUUUCCCUUGAGGUAAACAUCUCCAGACCAGGAUCUCAGUAAAGAAGUAUACAUAUUUGAAAAAAAGAUUCUUCUUGCAGUGCUAGAAAGUGUGUGUAUGUCUUCUCUUCAAUAUAACAACUCUGUGACUGAGUUUUGCACCUCCACCAGGAAACCAUCCAGACUGCUUCUUGAAGUCUCGUGGGAAUAUCUGCAGUCCAAGUUAGAGAGCACUUGUUUUUCUGUAUGAUUUCUGAAUUUUUUACAUUUCCCCCAGCUUUCCUCAGUAACUAGAGACCUGAGAACAUCCAGCAUCCACUUGAUGAUACGUCUCUUUUUUUUAACCAGAAAAUGGUGUUUUUUUCAAAUGUACAAUCUCAAUUAUAGAGAUUAAGAGGGAUUCCUCAAUGUAUUUGUGAUUUAUAUUAGUUUCAAAUUGCUUUAUAAUUUGGUAAAAUACGUCCUCAAUUUGUGUUGAGCAUCUCCGACCAGGCCGCCAGCGGUUGCAGCAUGGGACUCAGCUGCUUUAAGUCUUGGAAAUAUGACAGCACAGGCCACAAAGGUAACAGAGAUGUGCUGGCCAGCCCAGGCUCCUAUUUCUUCCUGUCCAACAGUGCCGGUCAGGGUGACGAGUGGUUGAAGAGCCUCAACAAAGGAGUCUGGAUCCCUUUCACAGGGGUUUUCGGGCAACGUCUGGAGGAGACGGUGCUAUACGAGCGUCGGUAUGGGGUACGCCUGGUUCCUCUGGUGGUGGAGCAGUGCGUGACGUUCAUCCUCGAACACGGUCUGCAUGAGGUUGGCUUGUUUCGCCAGCCGGGCCGCGCCAGUCUGGUGAAGGAGCUCCAGGAGGCGUUUGAUUCAGGCGAAAGGCCAUCUUUUGACAGCGGCACAGACGUGCACACAGUGGCAUCGCUGCUGAAGCUCUACCUCAGGCAACUACCAGAACCUCUGGUUCCUUACAGCCAUUACCAGGACUUUCUGCUCUGCGGCAAGAAGCUGUUAAAUGACCGCUCAGUGGGUCUGGAGGAGUUAAGGCAUCUUCUUCACGAGUUACCCGUGGCGAACUUCAACCUGCUCAACUUUAUCUGCCGGUUUCUGAACGAGGUUCAGAGUUGCUCCAGCAGCAAUAAGAUGAACGUUCAGAACCUGGCGACCGUGUUUGGACCAAAUAUCCUUCGAGCUAAAGCUGAAGACCCACAAAGCAUCAUGGGAGGUACAAAACUGGUUCAGGUGCUCAUGUUGGAGCUGAUCAGGGAACACGAAUCUCUGUUCGCCAAGUUGCCUCCUUCUGUCUGCGCUCAUCCCUCUGGAAGCUCGCACCCAGCGGCGUUGAAGCAACCUCAUCUCCAGCCACUGCCCUGCCUUCGUCAGCUGUCUUUGCCUCUCAUCGCGGACCGCUCCGAGGAGUCAGGACAGCCUGCCGCACAUGCAGACCACCCCAGUUGUAUCUUCUCUGCUGCCAGUAAAUCAGACGUGCUCUCUGGUCAGAAGAGACGCCUUGGCCAUCGCUACACCUCCUCCCACCCGGAGAACUGCUUCUACCCCUUGCCUUCCUCUAGUGACUCCAUUGACCACUGCUCUGGUGGGCAAACGGGAGAUCGUUACAAGUACCAUGCUGACCAGGGGCCAUCUUCUGCCGAUGCUCAAGCCACGACAACCAACCCCCAACUGCAGGCCGAAAGCUCAAAGCGGGGAGCGAUCAUGGGACGGGGCAAAGGAUGGCGACAUCAAGAGGAGGCCACCACGGCUUACUGGAGCUGCAGCGGAGGAGAGGAUGAGGUUCCUGAAGCAGCCAGCGGGGGCAGCAGUCAGGUACAGGAGGACAGUACGCCCUCUGCCUACGACAACCUGGAAAAAGCCUCUCUGUCUCACACGGUGGAGGAUGUUCCUACGGAGAACUUUGAUUCCGAUUCUCCGAGAGCAAAUGUUGGAAUGUGCGGCACAGACGAAGCUCAGAAGGAACUGGGGAACGCAGGAGACUCCUCUUCCUCGUGGUCUUCCUGUGAAGUUCUACCGUUGGACGAGAACAACGAUGAUCUGGGGGCGGCCAGUCCUGAUGUCCCACCGACGAGAUCCAACAUGCUGCCCUUGAGUCAGAAAGCAGAGACGGGAAUCUGUGAUAAAGACGACCGUAAAGACAGUGGAGGUGGCGGCACCCGUGAGAUGCAUCAUCCGAGCUCCUGGGCUUCCUGUUCUGUCAUCAGCAUCAGCCCUGUCAGCACAGGGAGUUCAGAGGUCUUCCUCCCCUCUGGGCCUCCGGAUCUCCAGCUUCGUGAGCCUCACUUAGAGCUGGAGGACACUCAUUCAGUGGUGGCCAAGCUGAGGCAGCAGAUGGCCCAGCAGAAGGCAGAGUACCAAAGCAGGAUUGAGAGGUUGGAGCGCUGCAAUGACGUCCUCGAACGACAGGUUGCCGUUCUGCGGUUCAGCCUGGAGCAGCAGAGGCGAAGCCAGAGCGUGGCCGAGAUCAAGAUCCGGAACAUGGAGAGAGCCAAAGCAGACGCGGAUCGCCGGAACACCACCCUGCAGCGAGAGAUGGAGCUGUUCUUCAGGACGCACGGAGAAACCCGGAGGAGAGGAGGAGACCCGGGCAGGAGGGGAGGAGGAAGCAUCUGAAGACUGCCUGACACACUGAGGGAGAAGACUGGAGCUUUGUCAUGAGCAGACGGAUAAUUAAAAAAAAUUAAAUAAGUUGUUGGAUAAUGUGAUUUAGAGUUCACUCUACAGAAAUAAGAACCUUGAAUCAUUCAUGGUUCAAAUUCUCAGUUUAGAUCUCAUGAGUUUUUUUUUUUUUCCCUAUUCGCCUUUAAAUGUCAAACUAAUUCUGAGGCUACUUGCCUUCCUGGACAACCCAGUCCCCACACUGAGGCCUGCUGUGAUGUAAUGUCACAGACUAACAGGUCUGGUACUGAGUCUCAUGUUGCGUUCCAUUUACAGUCGGAACUCGGAAAUCCCGGCGUCCGUUCAGAAUAAAAAUGCUAAACUAGGGCUGGACGAUAUAGAAA